AUGGCACACAAAGGAGUGAUCUUCGUAGCUCACAACAUGUCCGGAUAUGAUGGUCAAUUCAUUCUGAAAAAAGCAAGCAACAAGUCAGCUCCAGAGUUAGUUUAUGAAGAGGAGGCAGAGAAGGUCGUGGAGAAGCGAAGCGUCCAGUGGAAGAGCGUGCUGAGGACGCCGCAGUUGGCGGCGGUGCGGCCGAAGUGGCGAGAGAAGAGUAUCUCCCGGAGGCGCAGAGGGAGAAAGACUCUAUGCCCACUCUAUGCCCUGGCAGCGUUGGCACUCAUGUUCCAGAGAGCUCGGUUGGCUCUCGUCGGAGAUAUCCAUCAGCUGCCCCCCUUUGAGGACUCCGACCUUCCAAAGGAUCUUGCCGCAUUUGCAAUCUCCAGAGUUCUCCAAGAAGCAAUCAAGAGAAGGACACUCCCGAUCAUCGAUCUUACGGUUGGCCGCCGCUGCCCACCGCAAGUGACCAGGAUGUACAACGAGCUGUUCUACAAUCAACGCCUCGCGUCCCUAUGGUCGCCGGAAAAGGAAGCCGAGCUGAGGGCAUUCACCGCCGCCCUCAAAUUUGGGAAUGAUUUUCCAAUACAGAUCUUAGAUCUACAAUCGUCACACACACAGGCAGGCACUUCGCUCACCAACAUUGAAGAAGCAAAAGCAGCUGUUCGAAUCGCCAGAACCAUCCAAACGCGUGUCGGAACAAACGACAUAGGAAUCUUGUGUUUUUACAAAGCACAAGCGGGAGAAGUCGCCGCUCUUCUUGGAGAUGCCCCCUUUUACGUUGGCACAAUCGACAGAUCUCAAGGCCACGAAUUCCAGGUCGUCAUCAUUCUGAUCACCCGGACUUCGUCCUUCAGGGAUUCCGAGUUCAUCGAGGACAGCCGCCGUAUAAACGUGGCAAUCUCAAGGACCAAACGGAUCUGUUGCAUCAUCGUCGACAGACCGAAGGUCACAACCAACGGAACGUGGAGUCGUCUGAUCCGGAGGAUCCCGCACGAGGCCAAAUCCAACUUCUCCGUCAUGACCGCCCAUCAGAAGGCAAACCAUCACCAGACAUCUGGAGACAAAGUGCAAGCUGCUCGGAAGCUCCACCCACCGUCAGCAGAUCAGCGGACUAUAAAUAUUCCCCCCAUCGUUCUCUCGAGGCCUGAGAUCUUUGCUUUCAUUCUGUUUGUUAUUUAA